AGAAACAAGUAUCUGUGGGUGUCAGCGUGGAAAUCUCUUGUUUUCACCGUGCUGGAAGCGAAACCGAUCCGCGGCAUCGAUCACACGCAGACGCACGCGCACGAGCGAGCGCGCUUGCAUGCGAAAGGGCACGGAAGGUCAGAGAACUUGGCCUGCGCGAGGCUGGCGGGGAUGGCGUAACAGGGGCUGGCGUGGGGUUAAGGGUGGAGAAAGGGUGGUGGGGCGGAAUACCGGGGUGCCCAGGAAGGGAUGAGGCGCGUGCCAUGACUGAUGGCGGCUAAUAACAACAGAUCCCACAGCGGGAGGAUUAGCUGUUGUGUGCUCACUGAUCUUCAGGCGCCCGGCACCGAUAAAUAACAACAACCUGAAAUAAAACUGAAAAUAAACGGCUAGGCAUGAAGUUUGGAAAAGUGCGCGAGCGAUAAGAGAUGGAUUUUUUUUUUUUUUGGAGGGGGGGGGGAGUGCUAAAAGGAUUCCGACCUUUCCCUUCAACUCCUGUUACCUCUGACCUCUCUUGUCAUAAUCUCUGCCGGGGGAGAAAAAAAGGGGCUAUUCCAGGGUUUCAUCGAUGAGUCGUCUGCUUCGUCGUCGAGGCCCAGAGAGGAGUUUGUGGUAGGGGUGUGUUCAGAGUUUAGGUGUCGUAGAGGCCUUUGCACGAUGAAAGUGAUCAUUCGUCGUCGUGUGGGUGGCUGGUGGGGCUGUGUCUGCGGCAGAGGGUGUCGCAGGUGGCGAGGCGGCGCUAGGAUUUAGUAACUGUACGCAAGCCACUGGUUGUCCGCGCCUGGGCGUCUCGGGUUGGUUGGCAAGACAACAUAAGAUGCUCUGGGAAGAAGACAGUCUUGGCUCGACUGGCGGCUGAGCGGGAGAGAGAGAGACGUGCCAACCGAGAAGAAGAGUACGUGGCAUUUCAUUGAUCAUCCAGUGACGUGAGAGAAGAGGAGGAGAGGGUUUCCUAAAAUACUUGGGAGUAUACAAGACAUGGACGUACUGCAUGACACAGCUGGAAGAGAUCUUCUUCUGCAUCCAGCAUUCCUUUCGCGGAGGCCAUCACGUCUGGCAAGUGUAGAGGAGACUUUGUUUGUCAGACCGCUCGUAAAUAGGCUAGGAGAAAGAAACUUGCGCCGGUUGAUCUAUACUCACCGGGGUUCUUCUUCCAGCUCCCAGUGACUUCAGAGCGUUGUGUAGAUACAGCUACCUUUUUUUUUUUUAAAUACAAACGAAAAAAAUUAGCACAUCGAUUUUCUGGGCACCGCUGGUGUGUACGUGUUCAUCUUGAAGAAGGGCUCCAAGGGUCUUCGGAUUUCAGGUUAAUAAUAGCCAUCUUAAGAUUUGCUGUCACGUAGCUGGGGCUCCUCCUCGCCACCCUCCCAUCAAUACCCAAUCUCUUGUUUCUCGUCUGCCUGCCCGACGGAGAGGUGAUGCGAGCGGCGGCGGCGUCGCGUGGUGCUGCUGCUGGUGGUGAUGGUAGUGGCGACGGUGAUGUUAACAGCAGCUCUGAUCCUUGUUGACUAAAAGUGGACAGCGCUGGCACUGGGGUUGAUAAAAAUGGGGGAAGGGGAGAAAGAGUGAAGAAGUGAAAGACUCGAAUGGUCAGCAGAGUGCCAGAGCUUCCUUCUUCCUACUUCAUCCUCGCGCGCAUCCACCGUUUCCUGCGUUUCGCAGCUGAGAGCGAGAGCGGCGGCGUUCGAGACCGGAGCAGGCCUCGUUGUCACCGCGAGAAGGAAGAAGGGAUUUUCCCCCUCUCCUCCUUCGCCAGUGGUGCUUCGUUUCCAUUUCCUGGCGGCAAGCGGCAGAUGCCUGGCCUGAUCAAUUGUGUCUCGCGGGAGUCGGAGGCUGCUGUAGGUGUCUUCCAGGCGCUGCUGUCACGGGACAGCUGUCACGAAAGCGUAGAGCAGGCAGCUGUCGUGGGGGGCGGCGUGCAGUGGACAGCUGUCACAAGGGAGGCAUAGCACCCUGCUUUUCAAGAGUGUCUAGUCGGCAACGGUCACGAGGGCAAGACACGGUGGACAGCUGUCUGGGAAGUACAUCAUAAAGCUGCGACAAGAGAGGUACAGUGGGGCGGUCACGAGGGAGGAUAGCCGUCACCAAGAGUAAAGCAUGUACACCGCCGGUGGGUUUUGCUACGGUCAGGCGCACCCCGCACCGCAGUGGAACGGCCGGCUUAUGCAGUACAAUCAGUACUGGAAAAGGGGUCUAGGGGGACCGCCACACGAUGCCAGCUCCCCCUACAAGCGCGGUCGCCCGCCCUCGCCUCACGUGCAGCACACUCAGGGCCACUACCCGGCCUACGCCGCGGCGGCUGCGGCUGCUGCUGCUGCAUCUCCUGCAGGCGGUGACCAGGCUCGCUACCUGUCCUCCACUGCUCACUACGGCAUGUACGUCCGCGACCGCUACCACACCCAGCAGGCGGAACAGCGGCGGGAGUACCUGGAGCCGCGGGACGCGCGACUACGUGAGGCCGAGGUUCUGCAGGUCAAGCGCCGCCCCUCCCUUCUGUCUGAGUACCACUCACAACCGCCACAGAUCGACAGAGACAGGGGAGGUGAAGGGUAUGUACACUACGGACAAGACAACCUGGCAGUGAUGGCGCCAAGCGUGGCAGGUCCUUCCCAGCAUGCAGCUCUCGGACCGUCUGCACCGCCCAAACGCCCCCGCCUGUCGGAGAGACCCGAUCUGGCCCAGCCCCUCCAUGUAGAUGUGGAGGUCAAGAGGGAGCCAGCCUACACCCCACAAGUCGAAGCGAUCUCACCUACUUUGCCCACAGAAGACAGCACCAACCGACAGUACAAGGAGGAACUGCUACAAAGCAUCUCCAAACUCGAAGGAGAAAUCACCUCUGUCGAGCAGCAGAUUCAAAAACUGAAAAAGAAGGAGCGGCAGCUAGACGCACAGGCUUCCAAAGGGCCCGAGGAGAAACCGGCGUCCCCAGAAAUUCCAACAACGGAGACCAAGAACCAGAGCAUCGCACAGAUCAUCUACGCCGAGAACAGGAGGAAGUCGGAGGCUGCUCACAAGGCUUUGGACCAUCUGGGACCCAAGAUUGAGCUGCCACUCUAUCAUCAGCCAACAGACACACCUAUCUAUCAUGACAACAAGCGCAGGCAUCAAGAAUUCCGGAAGCGCCUCAUUUCGCAUCUUAAACGCCGGCACCAGGCUCGACGGAUACGGGAGCGCUACCUAACAGAGCGCUAUGACCAGCUGAUGCAAGCAUGGCUGAAGAAGAUGGAGAAGCUCGAAAACAAUCCAAAGCGAAAGGCAAAAGAUGCAAGAACUCGAGAAUAUUAUGAGAAAGUGUUUCCAGAGAUCAAAAAGAACCGUGAGGAUAAAGAGCGUUUUGGAAGCAAAGUUGGUGCACGCAGCAGUAUAGGUGGCUAUGCUCGCAGUGAGGCAGAACUGGAGCAGAUAGCUGAUAGCCUUCAAGAGCAAGAGGAGGAAGACAGAAAAAUGAGGAAUCUAGCAGUCAUACCUCCUAUGAUGCUGGAUGUCCGACAACGACGGAUGCGCUUUCUGAACAAUAAUGGCCUGCUUGAGGACCCCGUGGCUGUAAGCAAAGAGCAGAAUCACCUGGGCCGGUGGACAGAGCAGGAGAAACAGAUAUUUAAGGAAAAAUAUCUUCAGCAUCCUAAGAAUUUUAGUCUCAUUGCCACAUUUUUGCCGAGAAAGAGUGUAGCAGAAUGUAUCCAGUUCUACUACUUGACCAAGAAGAAUGAAAACUACAAACAGCUGCUUCGCAAACAAAACAUGAAAAGAAGCAAAAAGGCAUUGCAAAAAUCACAGCGUUCUUGUAUUGCACUUUUUAAGCAGCAACAGGUAGUAGUUAAAGAGGAAGUCAAAGAUGAGACCAUACCUACCUUGCCUGCAUCUUCCAGUGGUGAUGCUACCUCUAUGUCUGCUGGAAUAAAAAAAGAAGAAGACAAAGAGAGGGUUGAAGGCUCUGAAGACAGCACAACUGGUGGCACAGGUGGCACUCAUCAGUGCUCAGUCUGCAAAGCCCACCUCGAAGACUUCGGGAUGAGUCGACCUUUGACCCGCAGCAACUGUGAUGACUAUGGGGUCAGCGAGUCAGAAAUCAAACCAGAGAUGAGGGUGUGCAGCAGUUGCCGCUGUCGUUCAGUGCGCCGGCGAUACACACAACGUGAUAGGUGCCCUAUACCUACUUGCCGCACUCCACGGCGAAAGAUGAAACGUCUUCGCCCAUUCCCUCCGAAGUGGAAUGAACUUUCAGAUGAGGUUAAGGAACCCAUCAUAAAAGAUCUUCAGCUGACUGAAGAAAUGACCAAGUGUUGCUCUGCAUGCUUUAAUCGAAUCGCUCGGCGCCUGGGCACAAAUCCUCAGACAAAUGAGCCUUUGGUGCCACUGGUGCCAGAGAGCACAGAUGCCUCUCUUUCCACCACAGAUGUAGUAGAGACAUCGCGCUGGACGGAAGAAGAGAUGGAGGUUGCCAAACAAGGGCUCCGAGAACACGGACGAGACUGGGCUGCCAUUGCCACAGCAGUAGGGACCAAGACGGAGGCCCAGUGCAAAAAUUUCUACUUUAACUACAAGAAGAAGCUUAACCUGGAAGCCAUCUUGCAGGAGCAUAAGGAGCAGUCAGAGAGACGAAAAGUAUCCAUGUCAGAGAGUGUGGCAUCUACCACAACAGCUGUAUCAGAAGAGGAUGUCAGUUCUAGUGAAGAGGAUAAUGGAGAUGGUGAUGAUUCUGACACUACAAGUGCUCCAAGUCCUACUCCACUGCCAACAGAAGAAGGUGAGAGUCAGACAGGGGAUGCUAACCAUAGUGGGCAUUCCAUCCAAGACAGGGAAGCUGAUGCCACUUUGUCAAGCUCUCUUGGCUUGCCUCCUCCUGGCUCUCUUGCUUCCAACAAGACUUUAUCAGCCUCUCAGGGCAGCCUGCGCAGCAUCGAUAACGACAGUUCAGCCACCAUGAGCGCUGAUGAGGGCCCACCCGGUUCAUUGUCCGCUGCUGCAGCUACUACAACCGUCACCACCGCACCCACUGUCUCCACACCUUCAACACCAGUAGUCACUCUUUCAUGUAGCACACCCAGUUCCAUAGGCAGUGCAGGUCAUACUAGCAGUGGUCCUGGCCAGUCAAUGAUCUGCGAACCAUCUCCUAGUCCCCGACACAACCUUGGCGCCUCUCCCGCCCUUGGGACUCGUCUAGACAUCACCCCUGACGCCAGGGGUCAAGGCAGUCGACCAGGGUCAAGACCUCCAUCACGGCUGUCUGCUGUAACCUCCAUCAGUGCAAGUCCAGUGCCAGGUGGAAGGCCUGCAAGUGGUGGCGAAGUGCAGGUCAUCCGUGAACUGCAGCACAUCCAUGAGGUGCAGCCUGGAGCACAGGGCCCAGUUAUGACCAGCGUGGGCUUGACUGGCUUCCUGCCCAUGCAGAUGAUGCCAGGAGUGGAUCCCACCAGGCUCUCUCCUCGACCACCCAGUAGUCAUGAGAGUGGUCGCAGAACCCUCUCACCUCAUGUCCUGCAAGAGGGAAUGCUGGGACAGGACAAGAGAGGCAUUGGAAAAGGACCUGCAUGUGUUCGUGACCUCAUCCAUUCCGCCAUUGAACGUAACUUAAACGUUGAGCCAGAUCGUCCUCUUCGCGCCAGAGAGCCUGGACCAGGUCACAGCCUCGUGAGAGUUGGUCCAGGUGGACCACAGGACCUGAGAAAAGAUCGUAGUGAGCCUCUUCCUGACCCCCGUGCUGCACUGCCAUACAGCAUGCUGCGUCCAGUCGACAGUAGGGAUGCCAGGGACCCCAGGGAGGUUCAUGAUGCUAGAGAUCCCAGGGAGAUGAGAGACCCGAGGGGCUUGCCUGGAAGAGAUUGUGAAGUACAGGAUCUUUCCCGUCGCCAGCCGGAAAUUCUGGAAAAGGGCCCACACGGCUAUAAAGGGAAUCCUCAUGACUUUUUUGACCGUGGACGAUCAUAUGACAUGUACCCACGAGGUCCUCCAGACAAUGCUGCACAACUUCACAUGUCUGCUGUUCCUCCUCCUGCACAUUCUCACCAUACUACCAGCACUGUGCAGCUUGAGUCUUUGGCACUUAAGAUGCCACGGCGACCAGACAGCAGAAACAAGUCUCCUAGUAUGUACACAGGUGACCCCACCAGUGCCAGAGGGGGCCUUCCACCUAGUGGAUCACCUUUUGCAGGAAUUGAUCAAGGAGCCCGACACUCUCCAGCAGCUCGCAUUCCUCCUCCUCCCCCACUUAUAAACAGUGGGGGCUCGAAGACCUCACCCAAGCUGUCAAGAUCACCUCCCCUCCCAUCUUCUUCCUUGUCUCACAGUCAUUUGAUGGUGCCUCCUGGUUCUAUAACUCACGGCACACCAGUGACCCAUUCACAGUCGGUCUCACCUGCCAGCCAUGCAACAAACAUGGCUGGGCACAUAUCUCGCAGAAUGGAGAACCUCGCCCAUCAGCCUACCACCACCCCGCCCACCUCUAGUGCCAGUUCAAUCAGAAUGGAGGGCUCAAUUACCAAGGGAACACCUGUCAACCGAGAAGGUUCAGGAGGUAGCCGAGGUGGCCCUCCUGCAGAAGGAGCAACAGGAAGUUCACGCAUGGUCAUGGAUCCCAAUUUCCAAUCCCGAUCUGGUCACUUGGUGUAUGAGGGCAGCUAUGGGCCACCACAACCAGGGUUUUAUGAGAGACAGGAGGCUGCUCCAGGUACCCAACCUCCACAGCCAGGUGGCCCAGGAGGCCCUGGAGGGCCAUAUUACUCAUAUCCACAUACAACUUUUAGGGAAGAGCAAAGCUCCUACAGCUCCCGAGCUACGAUCAAUCAUGACUUCUAUUUGGCACAGCAAAUGGCAACAAAACAACGAAAGGAUCCUGAACGUGAAGAUCUUUCCCCACGAGGGCGCGACCUUGCUCCAGGACCUUCUCCCCGAGCGGUAGAUUCUCGUUUACCACACCAAGGGACCUUGGCAAGUUCUAGUCCCCAGCUGCUGCAUCAUCACAUGGCCCAAGGCCGAGCACCAUCAGGAACGAGCAGUGAUCACAUGCAGGGCAAGAUUUCACCACACAUGGUAACGGCCCGAGAAGACAAAGCCAGCACCCACCCUUCUCACUGGCCAGGGACGCGAGUUAUGGUGGCGCCCUCACAACAGCCACCACCUCCCCAGCAGCCAGUUGCUCAUCCUCAUCCUAUGACUCUAGAGUCAUAUCAUACAAGACCCAGCAUAGUUAUGGGAACUGGACGACCGCCACACCCAUUAGAGGCGAAAGAUCAGCCUGACUCCACAACUUUGCAGCGUGGCCCUGCUUCCCCCCGCCAGUCCAUGCUGGGUGUGCCGUCAUCUGUGGAGCAGAGUCGCACUCGACUGUCCCCAUCCAUGCCUCAUCACCCCCAUGGCCAUGGCCAUUCAGGAGCUUACCGACCAGAAAUGGUUGACGUUCACUUAGAGAGAGAACGAGAGCGUCAGAGAGCUGCAGCGCAAGAGCGAGCUCUGCAGGAGAGAGCAUCACAGCCAACAUCGCGGACAGUCUGGGAACACAAUCCGCAGAUGCAUGUUCGACGUACCAUGCAACCAAGUCAGCAACAAAUUCAGCAGCCUCAUCCUCACCACUCAUAUGGAGAUCCAGACAUAGGAGCUGGUCGGGAGAGUUCUAACUAUAUGAGCAACCAGCCAGAUAGUCGCUCGGAGCAUGGCCCUAGUCCUGUUAACACCUCACCUUACCCUGGAUCGGCUGAGCCAGGACACCCAUCAGAGCAACCAUCUUCAACAGACAGCUCACAGCAUCACCGCCAGAUGACAGACAGGACCUACAUCAGCAAGCUGGCAGAGAGCCAUGGGUCAGCUGCCAUUCUAGCUGCUUUUCAGAAGGAUUCACACCAACCCCUACCAGGCAAUACCCAACCUCCAUCCACUAGCGGUCGUUCGCUUACGGCAGCAACACUUAUUGAUGCCAUCAUCAUUCAUCAGAUCAACCGCUCCACUCCAGAAGCGGGCAGCAGUAAUAUGAGUGCUAGUAGCAGUGGCAUUGCAUGUUUAAAAACACCAGAACACGCAUCACCAGCACUUCUGCGAGGAAGUGGGGCCAUGCCUGAGAUGAACAAAGGGUCAGGGCCUCCAGAAUCAUCAUCACCAUCACAUUCCCAUGCAGACUCACGAUCAUCGACGCCAAGCAAGUACAAACAUAGCCGGAAGACUCAUGUCCAGGGAGGGGCUGAAUCGGACUCUACCUCCUCCCCUGCCACACCUGGGAUGCAACUGGGCCGAGUUAGAACUCCUCCAGCUCCAGAUGCUCCCCACUCUUCCUCACUGGUGGGAUCUGGUGUUCAGGAUCCCUCGCUGGCAACAAGUGGCAGCAGUGAUGGAACUAGUGCAUCAAGCAACAGCUCGGCACGAAUGAUCACUUUAGGGGAUCACAUUGAUGCCAUCAUCAUCAGCGACUACAGCAGCUGUGGCAGCAGCAGAGAGGGCGAGGCAGUGGGUGUGCCCAACUUGCUGAGCCAGAUCAACAGCACCAGCACACCUUGUUCAGUUCAGUCUACACCUACAUUCACUACUUCAGAGGUAACCUCUAUCUCCACCCGCACAUCCCCUAUCGUGCGACCCUCUUCUGACACAUCUGUGGGAUCAUCAUCGGAUGCCCAUCGCUCGCGUAACUUCAGUGGAAAUGUGCACAGCCCAGGAGCAUCUGCACCACAAACACAAUCCCAACCUCAUCAUGAUGUUCACCAUAAUUGGCGCAAGCGAGUCCAGCAGCAGGCCCUGAGUGAGGCAAAUCAGCUUCAGCAGCAACAGCAGCAGUCCCAUGGAUCGUCACCUUCAACACUGGCCUCUCUUGGCUAUGGGGGGUCCCAGGCUCAUCAUUCUAUGCAUUCCCACCCUCAUGGACACAACAGCAUUCAGACAGCCAGCAGCUCUCACACAGCCUUGGACAGCAGCACCCUCAAGAUUCCGAUUGAGAGACAAGGGGUAGUGGGGCGAUCAGCAACGCCAGAGCAGCUGCGAUCCCGAUCGCCUCAGACUUCGCAAGCGUCCAGCACAGGCGGCAGCGGAAGUGGAGCAGGCAUGAGUGUUGGUGCCGGCAGUGGUAGCAUCGGCGGUGGCACCAGCAACAGCGGUGCUGAGAUUGGAGGUGUUCAAGCAGCAGACAGCAGUGCAGGCACCAUAAGCAAAGCUCGAUCCUCUAGCUUCAAAGCCGAUCACAGCAUUUCAUCUUUGGAGUAUGUGAAGUCCAAGAUCGAGUUAACCCUACGUGAAGAAGAGGUUGUGUCCCAGCAGCAGCAUCAUGCUGGUGGAGAAGACUCGCUUCUGUCAUCAUCAUCCGCACCAGGGGUUUAUUUACAGGCAUCUAGUCAAGGGCCAAGUAGGGAGACAUAUGGAAGCCGACCAUCGUCUCGAGCAUCAGUGGAGCCACAGCCUGGAUCUGCUUAUGAAGGAACUGUCAGCUCAACAGCAUCAUCUUCAGACACUGCAGAAUCUAGUCAGUCGACGUCUGGAAUAGGAGGCUGUCAGCCUGGUGGAGUAAUAGACAGAGGAGCAGGAGUAAGAAUGGAACAUCACCCAUCUCAGCAGGCACUAGACUGCACAUCUCUUGGGGGUCGAGUAACCACUUUGACUUCCACUGCCGAAACUUCUGCUUCCCUUUCCUCUUCAGUCUCAAGUAGAUCCCUUUCACCUUCCGUAGGAUCUUCACAGUCUGCCUCUUCGGGUAAAAAACGUAUCAUGCACCGACCCCGGUUCCGUGGUGAUGACCCUUCAGUCCCCACUCCAGGGCCUGGAGAAAAAUUCCAAUCCUUCCCUACCACAUCCAGUCGAGAUUACUCACGAGCUUCUGGUCUCAUGCCAUCCACCUCUACCACCAAACUGACCACAGCAGACACUGUACGUACCAGCUCUGGUACCAAGCCCACAACAACAGCUGCCUCUAUGCAUGGAGGGAGUUCAGGUUCGGAGAAAAAGUCUGCCCGCUCAGACCUAUAUGAUUUUCCUGAUGAUAGCCCCGAUGAAGAUGCAGGAGGACGGCCGCCCAGUAGUUACAUGGCUUUAGGUACUCAAGGUCGCAGUCCUCGCAAAGGUCAUGUAGACAGCUCUGACUGCAGCAAGAGUGGGGGCAUGGCCACUGGCUCUUCCGAGACCCGAGCUGAUACUUCCGGUGUUGGCAGUUCAAUGGAUGAAAGAAGAGCCAGCGGGGAUCAUUUGACUGCUUUGGGAGGAAAAGAUGGAAAUGAGGCACAGGCAUAUGAAAGUUUUAUGUCAUCUUCAAGCAGCAGCAGUCAUUCUCACCAGCACCGCGACCUGGGAGUGCAAGAUGAUCCUCGCGCUGUCUACAGAAGCCUCAGGGACUGCCGGGAAGUUGAUGUCUCAAACACCAGUGUGGACUCUACGCACUCUGAUAGCAAGACAUCCGCAGCUCUUGGACCCGAUGAAGUGUCUGAUGCCAUCGACAGUUCCACCAUGUCUGGAGAAGGCAAAGUUGCUAAGCGAGGUGCUUCCCCACGGCGUGCGCCUGAUGAUGGAAAUGUGGAAGGAUCUGGAUAUGAACCUGGAGAAGCAGGCCAGAGCCGCAGCAGUCAUGAUGCCCUGACAUACGUUCAGCACGCUCGCAGCCCUCGAGCUAGGGCCGCCUCAACGGAAGGGAGUGGAGGAUCUGCUGGGGGUUAUGCAGGAGUAGACAGUUCCAGCACUGAGCGCAGUCCCAUGGGCUCAGGGUCUGUGGUGAGCACCUCUUCAACCCUGGGGCUCGGGAGUUACUCAAUUAGCUCUGCCUCUGGCUCCACUCAGCCAGUCGUGUCAUCAAUGAUGCGCGACACUGAGCAUCAGCAGGUGUGCUCCAGAGACCAGGAGCCAAAGCCACUUUUGUCAUCACAGUAUGAAACUCUCUCUGACGAUGACACCUAAUCUUGUCAGAUAGGUAAAUACUGCAGACACAUCAUGAUUUGCAAGUGUCAGAGGUGCAGUCAGUGGAACUUAACCUUUUUCCCAUCCUGGUGAAUAAAUAAAUAUUAAUUUGCUUGCAAGUUAUCAGUAAAUGACCAUCAUCAAAGGACAAAAUAGAAUUUACAAUGAUCACAUCCUUCUGGUCUUUCUUAUAAAAGACAAACAAUAAACUGGAUUCCUCAGCUGCAACAGUUCAAGGACAGAGUAAAUCAUUUAAUGAUGACAUUAAAAGCCGUUUUGUUUACAGACAUGUUUCAUGAGCAUUGGCUAAACAGUUUCAUGUUAACGGUAUUCAUUAAUGAGUUGUUGAGGUUGUGACUAGUGGAUUUCCUGUGCUCUGUGCCACACUUAGCAAUGGACUUGAAGUUCUAGAAGUUAUUUUGAAACAGGAAUAUUCCAAUCUAAAAUUGAUGAAGAAAUCAGGUGCAGUUGAGAAUUCAUCUUCCUUUGAUUCUUGUAUGCUGAUUUUCAAGUUAACACCUUUCUUGUAGAUAUUUUGUUAUUGUUUAUGGCGUUCCAUUUUUGAAUAUAUUUAAUGAGCCUUUAAGACCUUAAUUCACAUUGUUACAUUCAGCAUCCCAUUGCCAGCAAACCAUCUGGAUGCUUUUUUUUUCUUCGUUCAUUUCUUACUUCAGAUGGAAUUUCUUGUAUUUACUUUUGUUGCAUUCUGUAAAAGAAAUGUUCUUCGUGACAUUUUGCUUUCCAUCCAAUUAUGCCAGAAAAUAAAGACAUUCAUGGUAUUUAUGUGUAGAAACUUGUGAUAAACUUAGCUAAUAUACAUCAGCAUUCUCAUAAAAACUGCUCAUGAACUAAGAAUUGAAUUAUGGAUAUAUAUACUGAAGCACAACCAUUUUAGAAUAAAUGACCUGAACUCUCGAGAACAUUUGUCAUGUAAUCCAGCCAAAGUGGGAGGGAAAACAGUAGUGGGUUAGAUAUAGAAAUGCUUGGAGUCUUAAAAACAUCUGAGUAUCUUGGUGAAAGGACAAUUGUUAUUUUAUGUAUUUCACUUAUUUUGAAAUCUACCACUGUCAUCUUUGCAGACUUUUCUUCUUAUUCCUUUAUGCCACCAGUAAUGUAUAGGGCCGCAGCUACACGCCAUCGGAUCCGGGCGUCCCUUCCCAGUUGGGUCCAUGUCAUGCCAGCUGCAUCUUUGCAGACUAUUGCAUUUGAUUUACAAGUGGAUGCACUGUGGCAGCCAGCUUAGGUUCAGUCUGAGUUUUAACUGCCUCAACUGACUUCAAUGUGCAUCUCAACUUUUUUUCUGAUUGAACUGCAUGCAUUCUCCUCAGGUGUCGAUUCUAAACUAUGGCAUCUAGCAAACAAAAGAACUACUACUAUUCUUUUUUUUUUUUGUAAAAUAUGUUUUGUUCAAUUUUGCUAGGUUGUGAUCCAAGGUAUUGACUGUUCUAAAGCUGAACACUAGCUUGUGUCUGAUGAAAUGAUAGGUUUCAUAUUUCAAUCAGCAUCUAUGUGUACUAGGAGAUAACAAAUAUGCUUUCUUUUAGCAAGGAUCUGGCUAUUUUGCAACAGUUGUUUAGCAAAACCACUGGUUUCAAGGUCUGACUUGCUUUUAAGUCCGGUGUUAUUCACUUCUCAGUACAUUAAGCUUGGCUGUUUGUGUGUUCACUGCACAGCUUUUUGGUUUCUGGUCAUGUAAUGUGGCUGAUUUGAAGAUAAUGCCAUAGGUUAUUUCAUGGGCUGGUAAAUAUGUUUUCUUUGCAUUUCUUUAAUGGAUGGAUGACACAUUGUAAUCGGUCAGUCAGAAUGUUUCAUCUUCCCUCAAAGAACCACGUGAUGGAAGUAUAGAACAUUUGGUGUUUAAAUGACAAAAAUAUUGUGAUGCUAUAUAUAUGACUAUGGGACGAGGAUAGCCAAGUGGUUAGAGCACUGGCGGCCCGAACUGAGAGCAUGCUUGUUUAAUGCACAGUUAGUGCAGCAAACUUCCCCCUCGUCAGCCCAGCUGGCGAGAAUGGGUACCUGACUCCUUAGAUGGUUGGGGAAGGUAAGGCAGCGAGGGAGAGGAGAUGGGUACCACCCUCAUGUAAAGCUGGUCCCCGAGAAAAGUGAGAUCUCUAACACCUCACCCCCCAACAACUGGAAAGGGUUAGGGGAUGACCUUUACCUUUUUUGACCUGACCUUAUACGAUGAUUUAACACUGUUGAAUUGAUUCAUUUCAAGCCAGCAUUUUUUUGUGCAGGCUUUAUACCCAUCUAGCAGUAAAUUGUUCUUAAAUUUUUUUUUCCAUAGACAGUUCAUGUGUGUGCUUGAUUUCUGACAAAGGUGGCAAACAUCCAGCAACUAUCAGCUGAAUGAAAAUUAAAACAAGAUUUGUCCAUUUUGAACCUCUUGAUUCUUCUGUAAUGCCUUGGUCUGAGAGUGCCUAUAUCAACAACAUAAUGCCAGGUUAUAGACUGGAUCAUAAAAUGACAAGGGAAAAUAUAUGCCAUUUCUUGGAAGAAAGGUGAUUACUGUGCAAUGUAGAAUGUCACAGCUUACUUUCUUGAUGCCUGAAAGUAUUGUUAAUGUUGCCUUUUAUUUUCUAUGAUCUAUAAAAAUGCCCGAUGUUAAAUUUCAUGUUGGGUUAUAAGGCUAUACAGCUGGAGUGAAGUUCAUGUGACCGUUUUAUUAAGAGAAUGAUGUGGUUUAUGACAUCUUUGUAUUAUGAGUUACUUUCAGGAAAAUAAGUGUGGAUAUAACAGGCACAAAACCACAUUUUGUGAAUGUCCUAAAUCUCAUUUCCUUGUCAGACAAAAAUCACAUUGGGUAAAAUCAAUCCAUUGUUGUUAUAAAUUUUGGUUUGGAAAUGUGGACUAUACUUCAAUUGAAAUUUAAGUGACUUGCCUUUAGAGCAGCAAAGUAAGGAAAACGUUUCAAUGUAUAAUGGUCUCUCUUUCUCUGGGAGGUAGGACAGUUUAUCGAUGUCUAAUAAAAUUAUAUCUCCAAUGGAAUUGUAUCUAAAUAUGUGUGGGCAUAUGCAUGUGUAUACGUUGCAUGAAUGAUGUGCGUUAGUGAGUAAAUGCAGAUAGGCAAAUGGAAUAUCAGAAUGAGUUAUGUUUUUGUUGUGCUAUGUUUCUUUGAUGGUUAAGUUGAAAUUUGACAUCAACCCUUUUUAAGGACUAAUAAAGAUUUGUCAUGUCCAAGA